AUGUUCAACAUUACAAGAAAGACUAACACAGAUGCAUUAUUUAUUAUAAGGUGUUUCUCGAUCAAGGUGACGGAACAAGAGGAGAAGAUGAAGACGAAUAAUAAUAAUAAUAAUAAUAAUAAUAAUAAUAAUAAUAAUAAUGGUGAUAAUAAUAAUAAUAAUGGUGAUAAUAAUAAUAAUAAUGGUGAUAAUAAUAAUAAUAAUAAUAAUAAUAAUAAUGGUGAUAAUAAUAAUAAUAAUGGUAAUGGUAUGUUGUAUUGAUUGAAUGAAAUUUAGUGUUGUCACCAUCGAUAUACUAACUAGUUGGCUUCACACAUUUCUUAUUUGAUGACAAAUUUCAACUUAUCAAAUUAGUCUUCAUUUUAAAUAAUGUCUCCUUCUCAGUAAGGUAAUGUGAGAAGGUAGCACAAGCGUUCACUACUGAAAUAUCUGCACUAUUAUUAUUUUGUUCACUGGUGAGAUGAAAUGAAGUGGAACUGUUAGUUUUGUGUGGCUGAUGCCAUACUCACUUACUCACACGCACACGCACACGCACAUACACACACACAGUCACGUGACUCUAAUUGUUUACCAUGCAACGAACAGUUAAUCAAUAGAAAAAUCGAAGUCAUUUGGCAACGAAUGAGAAUUGAUCAUUCUAUUUAAGGUCGUAUGGAAUGUCAACUAAUAUCACAGUGUUUGAAUUUGCAGUCGAAAUGAUGUACAUUUUCGCUGGUAUUUGGAUGAUUGUUUAGGUUGGUAAUGUGCUGACUGAUUUAGUGUUCAUUGUUUACGCUGAAGAGAAACACAGCAAUUGUGUGUGAGCAUGUGUUUAUGACACAUUUGAGAAUACGUACUGAACAAAAUGAAUAAUGACUGUCUAGUUAUGUGGUGUGAAUUUUUGACUUCUAAAGGUAUCCAGAUAAUAUCAUGUCGUUUGAAGUGAUAUUAUUGUCUUGAACAGAUAUUGUCAAAUCAUAU